CCCCUUUUUUUUUUCUUCUCUUCCAUCUGCACGUAUAGAUAGGGUGAUAUCCUUCUCCGAUGUAUGUGUCGAUCCAUUUAUACAUGCAUGUGUAUGUAUGUAUGUAUAUCUACGUAUGCGUAUGCGUAUGUAGGGUUUGUGGUGGUAUCCUUGCCGCGUUGGCUCGGCAGCUUAAUGGAUGUCCUCGGAACUCGGGCGGUAGCAUGGCACGCCUAUAUCUCAAAUGAGCCACAUGUAUAUGUGUGUGUGUGUGUGUGUGUGUGUGUGAGAAUACUCAAGUGUGGGGGUUUACUUGGCAGAAAGAAAGCAAGUCGUCGAGUGCGUGUCCGCCACUCGCUCACGGUAGCCAUAGCCAAACAUGUCGUCGCGCCCUCAUGUUGCCGUUGCCGUGCCUGGUUGGCUCACGCACAGCUAACCGCCGCUUCUGGCGCGCACGCGACCCCUUAACCCGGUGAAUGGCGCCAGCAGAUCGUUGCUCCUCGCCGAUUAUUCUAGAUCUCGAUCUCCCCCCCCCCCGGUCGUGG